AUGGUCUCCACUCAGCAGAGAGCUUCCACCAGGAAGACUGUGGCGACACAGACUGAACCGCCACAGAAACAUGCAGCGGUCCAGGUUUCUGGCUAUGGCAAGGAAGCAAAAUCCAUAGGGCUAAUCAGCCAUGCGGUAGAACAGAAUGAAGCAGGGGAUACUGCCUACAGGAGAGCCUUAGCUCUAGCGAGAGAAUUUUUACCUCAGGGACCACUAGCAAUGAGAGUUGCAAAAUUGGCCAUCAAUCAGGGAAUGGAGGUGGGCUUAGUAACAGGUUUAGCACUUGAAGAAGCUUGCUAUGCUCAGACUAUUCCAACAAAAGAUAGAAUUGAAGGUUGUCUUGCAUUUAAGAAGAGAUCACCUUGCUACAAGGGAGAAUAG